AUGAGUGUUAUAAAGAAUAUUGUUGCUAGAUCUAUUUUUGACUCCAGAGGAAAUCCAACUGUCGAAGUUGAUCUAACCACUGAAUCUGGCGUUUAUCGUGCAGCUGUUCCUUCAGGAGCCUCGACCGGAAUUUAUGAAGUAUUAGAACUCAGAGAUAAAGGUUCUGAUUACAUGGGCAAAGGUGUUUCAAAAGCCGUUAAAAAUGUGAACGAAAUCAUUAGGCCAGCUUUGAUCGGAAAAGACGUAACUGAUCAAAAAGGUAUUGAUGAGUAUAUGUCUCAAGUACUCGACGGUUCUAAGAACGAAUGGGGUUGGAGCAAAGCCAAGCUCGGAGGAAAUGCUAUUCUCGCAGUUUCCAUGGCUGUAUGUCGAGCUGCUGCAGGUUACUUGAAAAUGCCUUUGUACAAAUACAUUGCUAAACUUGCUGGUAAUGAUGUUAAUAAGUUUACCCUGCCAGUACCUUCUUUCAAUGUUAUCAACGGAGGUUCACACGCUGGAAACAAACUAGCCAUGCAAGAAUUCAUGAUCUUGCCUAUUGGAGCGAAAAACUUCGUUGAAGCAAUGAAAAUGGGUUCUGAAAUUUACCACACUUUGAAAGGUUUAAUCAAGAAGGAAUAUGGACAGGAUGCAACCAACGUAGGUGACGAAGGAGGUUUUGCGCCAAACAUUCAAGACAAUAUGAAAGCAUUGGUAAUCCUAACCGAAGCUAUCAAGAAAGCUGGUUACGAAGGAAAAGUUAAAAUAGCCUCCGAUAUUGCUGCCAGCGAAUUUUACAAGGAAGGCAAAUAUGAUCUUGACUUUAAGAAUCCUGAUAGCGACAAAUCUAAGUGGCUCACGGGAGAAGAAUUGAUUUCUAUUUACGAACAAUUCGUCGACAAAUACGACGUUGUGUCAAUUGAAGAUCCAUUCGACCAAGAUGAUUUCGAAUCUUACACCAAAAUGAACAAAACUCUUGGUAAACGCAUUCAAAUCGUAGGCGAUGAUCUUUUAGUAACGAACAAAACGCGUAUUAAGCUUGCCCACGAAAAAGACGCUUGUAAUGCUUUGUUGCUCAAGGUUAACCAAAUUGGUACCGUUUACGAAGCUAUUGAAUCUGUACUUCUUGCGAAAAGUUAUGGUUGGGGAGUCAUGGUUUCACACAGGUCCGGCGAAACUGAAGACAGCUUCAUAGCUGAUCUCGUUGUUGGUCUCGGAACUAAACAAAUCAAAACUGGUGCGCCAUGCCGUAGUGAACGUCUUGCCAAAUACAAUCAGCUAUUAAGAAUUGAAGAAGAGCUCAGCUCUAACUGCACUUACGCAGGAGAAUCAUACCGUAAAUUCUGA